AUGGGUGACGCCAUUUCAAGUGAUAGGGUCGAGCUCUACAUCCCAAAUCCUAUAUCUGUCGGCAGGCCAGAUGUUCGGAACCAUCAGAUUUCUAUUCGCAACCUCUUUGCCUGGGUGUUUCGUCGGCCUGUUGUGGGUGAGCACCUCGGGUCGGCACUCAUCAGUCUGCUGAAUAGCUUGAGAGAGUAUCGUUGCCCUGAUGAAGAUAACAUGGACAGCAUCCUGGGCUACAUAGAUGAGCUGGGCUAUCUGAACAUGUCAAACCGACCCUUUCACGCCCUCGCUUUGGUACACUUUGCUGAGCACUUUCGACUAAAAGAUCUAUACACUGAUGCUCUGUGUCACUGUGUGGGUAUGUCUGACCAUCUCAGUGACAUUCCUGAAUUUCAAAUUAUUAGCUCUCCAACGCGGAAACUGAUACGACAAACCAAGGCUGAAAUGAGCACAUACUUGGGCAGAGCAGGUCAACAGCUCCGAGACUUUCUAGAAAGCGACUUCCGAGAAAGCCAGACGAAACUCACCCCAGGAGAGCAUUCGCACUUGGAUCGGUUUCGAAUGUUUCUUGCGGCGUACUUUACAAAACGGCUAGGAAGAUACCCACCGGCAUCGAUUGAGCCACCAUAUCUUGUAUUUGAGCGGGAUGUCUAUGCCACAAUGCAUCAGGACCUGGACGCCCUGUACCAGCACCUUGCGGACACUACUCUUUGCACCACUAGCAUGCCGACCUUGGCUCACCUCAAGACCGGCGGCACAAUUCUACAGAUUGUUCAUGGAUUUGACGAGCGGAAUAAGUUCACGCCGCUGGACCAUCCUCUACCUUUGGUGCCGGAGGUGAUUCCGAAGCCGGCGACCCGCAAGUUAUCAUGGCUCAGCAGGAGUGACAAGGUGAAACCUAGACAAACAUUGGUUGAUCAUGCGUCUUUGAUCAAGGCCACCAACAAGCAGAGAUCACUGAUGGCAAAUCCACUUGUUGUCGCUUAUCGGAAGCUCGAAGAAGAUGCAGUCUUCUUUCCUUCCAAAGCAGACAAGAACGAAAAGCUGACACACGCAGACACACGCAAGGCCCGUUGGGUUCUGAUUUAUUGCAUCAGCCAAAUACUGCGAAGUUGUUCAUACUCCCCACCGACAUGCCGGAACAUGGAGGGCGUUCGGUACAACAUCGCCAUUGACCCCAGCACCAUCAUACAUCCAUGGGGAGACGAGCCAGAGCCCCCUUCUUCUCCGGCUCCAGCGUGUCCAAUGCCGAAGCGAUCAAACACUCUUGCCAACAGGCCAUCAUCCCCGAUUUUGGGAAGGCCCGCUUUAUCCGAAGCCAAACUUUCUGUUCCACCAUCCUGCGACAGCCUCUUGACCGUGUCACCACCCAGUUACACCCCGGUGACCGUCGGGCCACCUAUCGGGUCUCUCUCGGCUCGAAAACCACAUCACUUCCGCGCGUCAUCCUCAUUUGCCAAGGCAACCCCUCUGCGUGCCUUCUCGACCUCCAGCCGCCAGCAACACCAUUAUCCCCAUAUUCCCAUCCGAGUCGGCAGCACCCGUCGUGGCAGAUUCCGCCGCCCUUCCUGUCACACUUUUGGCUCUGUCGACAGGUUUUCAGUCGAAGAUCUCAAACCUCUGCCCCUCAGCCUGACAGCCCGCGGGCCACAGGCGAGCGGUAUUUGCUCCUCAUCAACAGAUGGCUUGGCUUGGGCCAGCAACGAUGCAAGCAGCAGAAGAAGCAGCAACAGCAACAGGAGCAGCAGCGGCAACAGUGGAGAAGACAGCAUCGGGGACACCAGCAGCAAAGUCUCAGACGCGUCCACCGAGGUUACCACACCGGACAACAUUAAAUCCACUGAAGUUUCCGUCACGUCAGCUCCCGAUGUUCUCUCCGGCCUCGCCGGGCUACGUCCCCCUCCACCACCGCCGCAGUCAGCCUUGCCACCUUUACCCCUUUCGUGGCCGCCUCACGAGGGGCAGCUUCACGGCGAUGGUAGUCGAAGCAAGGUAUCGUCUAUGGGUGAGACAAACGGAUAUGAACAGCAGCGAGACGAGACCAUCAAUGAUUUAGAGGUGAGCAUGCAAAAGAUGGCGUCGAGCGAUUCCGUGUGCACGCUGUCCAGCAGCGUGUGCUCGGAUGAUGCGCAGUCACAGCAUAGUUUGAAUCAAUUGCCACUGCCGCAGCCGCCUCCGUUACCUAAGAAGAGCAGCAGGAGGAAGCUGGCGGGAUUGCAUCCUAGACCUCUGCGGAUCAGGAAGGUGGCGGCUACGGUUGGAUUGGGUGGAAGUUCCCAGCAGCAGUAG